CUUCAUUUAGUUUCUUUCUCUCGCUCUUAAUUUGAUAUAGCUAGGUGGUACUAGUUCAAUGGCUUCCAUUGUUGUUAUUAGUUUGAUGAUGAUGAUGGUAUUAGGAAAUGGAGCAUGGGUGGUAGAGGGCGCUGAAAGAGCAUUUUUUGUGUUUGGAGAUUCAUUGGUUGAUAAUGGAAACAACAACUACUUGGCUACAAGUGCUCGUGCUGAUUCACCUCCUUAUGGCAUUGAUUAUCCAACUCACCGUCCCACUGGACGAUUCUCUAAUGGCCUUAACAUUCCUGACAUUAUCAGUGAAAAACUUGGGGCAGAGCCUCCAUUGCCAUACUUGAGUCCGGAGCUUCAAGGGGAAAAGCUUCUUGUUGGUGCCAACUUUGCUUCUGCUGGGGUUGGCGUACUUAAUGACACUGGAAUUCAAUUUGUAAACAUUAUAAGGAUUGGGCAACAGCUGGAGUACUUUGCCGAGUACCAAAAAAGAGUUGGGGCUUUGAUAGGAAGUGAAAAGGCAAAGCAAGUGGUGGAGGAGGCUCUAGUUCUAAUUACACUUGGUGGCAAUGAUUUUGUCAACAACUAUUAUUUGGUCCCUUUUUCUGUUAGAUCUCGCCAAUAUACUCUUCCAGAUUAUGUCUCCUAUGUCAUCUCCGAGUACAAAAAUGUUCUUGCGAAACUCCACAGCUUAGGAGCUCGUAGAGUUAUUGUGACGGGGACAGGGCCACUAGGUUGUGUGCCCGCGGAAUUAGCCCAAAGAAGCCGGGAUGGCAACUGCGCUGAUGAACUGCAGCAAGCAGCAGUAUUGUUCAAUCCACAGCUAGUUGAAAUGCUUAAUGGCCUCAACAGUGAAAUAGGCAGCCAUGUUUUCGUUGCAGCAAACACAAAUCAAAUGCACUUGGACUUCAUUACUGAUCCUCAAGCUUUUGGAUUUGUGACAUCAAAGGUGGCAUGUUGUGGACAAGGACCAUACAAUGGGAUAGGGUUGUGCACACCUUUAUCCAACUUGUGCCCAAACAGAGAUGAAUAUGCAUUUUGGGAUCCAUUUCACCCCACAGAGAAGGCUAACAGAAUCAUUGUUGAACAGAUCCUGACUGGAACAACCGACUACAUGCACCCAAUGAACCUUAGCACCAUCUUGAUCAUGGAUUCCAAGGCUAAAUAAAUUCUACUAUCAUUUUUUUAGAUUUCCACUGGAAAUGUUAUUUGUUUGAUGUAGUAGUCAGUCCACGUGUCUUAAAAGAUCCUUUUAGUUUUUUCCUUCUUUGAAAAUAAGAUGGAUAUUGUGUCAAAUGUUAGUGCUAUUGAGUUGAUCAUUCUCACAA